AUCAGCUUCAUCCAUUCCACUAUGUUUGUUUCUCUCGUCCUGCUAUGGAUCUGUAUGUCCUUCUUCGUGCUCUGUCUCAAAUGUCAGAGACCCAAGAACUUUCCUCCAGGGCCUCCUCCAUUACCGAUACUGGGGAACUUGCUGAGCCUCAGCCUAGACAACCCCAUGAGAGACUUUGAGAGGCUGAGGAAGUGCUAUGGGAACGUCUACAGCCUCUUCAUCGGGCCAAAACCGGCUGUAGUCAUCAAUGGGGUGCAGGCCAUGAAGGAGGCCAUGGUGACCAAGGCUGCAGAUUUUGCUGGACGACCCCAAGACAUUUUCGUCAGUGACCUCACGCAGAAAGGACUGGUUCUGGCAGACUACAGCGCUAGCUGGAAGGAGCAUCGUCGCUUUGCUCUGAUGACCAUGAGGAAUUUUGGUCUGGGGAAGCAGUCCAUGGAGCAGAGGAUUCUGGGAGAGAUAGAGUACACUGUGCGAACACUGGAAAAGAGCAUUGGUGCAACCUUGAGUCCUCAAGUUAUGUUUCAUAACGCGGCCUCCAACAUCAUCUGCCAGGUUCUGUUUGGCGCACGUUAUGACUACGAUGACAACUUCAUCAAAGUGGUUGUUCAGUGCUUUAAAGAAAACUCCAAGAUAGCUAAUGGACCCUGGGCCAUGCUGUAUGACUCUGCGCCCAUGAUUCGAAACCUGCCGCUGCCCUUCAUGAAAGCAUUUAAGAACAUCGAGACUUGUAAGAAACUUGCAACCCGUCUGAUCGCAGAGCACAAAGAGACCAGAGUCCCCGAGCAACCACGAGACUUCCUUGACUGCUAUCUGGAUGAACUGGAUAAGAGGGGUGCAAGUGAUGAUGGCUCCUCUUUCUGUGAGGAUCGACUCAUCAUGUCUGUUCUGGAUCUACACUUUGCUGGCACUGACACUACGUCCAACACCCUGCUCACUGGCUUCCUUUACCUCAUGACCUACCCAUACAUACAAGAGCGAUGUCAGCAGGAGAUAGACCAGGUGUUGGAAAAGAAGGAUCACGCCAGUUACGAUGACAGACACAACAUGCCUUACAUGCAGGCUGUGAUCCAUGAAGUCCAGAGGAUAGCCAACACUGUCCCUCUAAGUGUCUACCACUGUACAACAAAUGACACGGAGCUGAGGGGAUAUUUCCUACCCAAGGGUACACUGAUCAUUCAAAACCUGCACUCUGUGCUGACUGAAGAGGGACAGUGGAAAUUCCCUCAUGAAUUCAACCCUGGAAACUUCCUGAAUGACCGGGGAGAGUUUGUUAAACCAGAGGCCUUCAUGCCUUUCUCUGCAGGUCCUCGGAUGUGUCUUGGAGAGGGUCUGGCUCGUAUGGAGCUCUUCCUCAUCAUGGUGACUCUGCUGCGGAAGUUCAGGUUCAUGUGGCCCGAGGAUGUGGGACAGCCGGACUACACCCCCGUCUAUGGGGUCACUCUGUCUCCUAAACCUUACCGCAUGAGGGUCCAACUCAGGGCCACACUGCAGUCUUCACUUACACAGGAGGAACAAUGA